UGUACAGGUCUGACAAUCGGAGGGGUGUGGGGGGUGGGGGAGGGGAUACAGAGAGGGGCGGGGCUCAGUCCUCGUCUCAGGACCACGGCCAUUUUCAAUGGGUUGACACGGAGAGGACCGUUCAUGGCCAACAACCUCGCUGUCCUCGCUCUGUUGUUCAGUCCACUGGAGUCAGCUCUGGCCAAAGGUCGCGGGGUCGAUGACUCCCUCAACACAGUGGCAGCUGCCACUCUCACUGGAGUCCUAUACAGAUCCACAGCUGGAUUGAAGUCGAUGGCCAUAGCCGGAGGUGCAGGGUGUGCAUUAUUUGGAGCCUACACCCUGGGUCGUUACAUCAUGGGUUAUUCAGACUCUCUCAUUAUCUUUGAUACAUAGCACACCUUGUCAUCGCUGUCCGCUGUCAUCGUUUUCUGUAUACUAUUUAUUACAUGUACCUCUAUUGUUGUACGCUGUAUUUAUGGUGGUAUGUGAAUUGAUUCUUUCUUCC